AUGAAGAAAAUAAAUUCAAGUCGGAGAAGUUCAACUAGUAGCGAAGAAUCAACGAAUGAACUCGAUGAUCGACAUUUAAUAUCAACUGCUGCGAAAUCAUCAAAACAAAUUACAGUUUGUACUCUAUGUGGCCGAUACAAAGGUUUUCGAAUGUCACGUUAUCUAUUUAUAUCUUUAUGUGUUCUACUUGUUUUACUUCUUCUACUUUUUGCUGUCUUACUCACACUCUAUGUGAUCAUUCCGAUCAUCGUUCGUGCGACAAUCGAUAAAGCACAAGUCGGAUUUCAUUCGGUGAAUAUCGAACAAGUUGAAAAAGAUCGUUUUCGUCUUCGAGCACAAUUAGAAUUAUCCCGGACAGGUUCAAUUUCUGCGACAAUCAUCGGACCGUUGAUAAUCAAUGUUGACAACGUCGGUAUUGUCACUGUGAAUGAGUCCAUUUCGAUUAAAGGUGGUUCAUCUGGUACGACUGUGGUACCAAUUGAUUCUCCGUUUAUGGUGACAAAUAUAACUGCCUUUCAUAACUUUACUCGCUCACUUGUGUUCGAUUCUCGUGUCGUCUGGCAUUUAAAAGCAGAAGCAACCAUUCAACCAUUGACGCGUCACAUGCUUUCUUAUUCAAAUAUUCCAUUUAAUAAAGAUGUGACGUUGAAUGCGUUAAAUGGUCUUCCGAAUGUUACUAUUAACUCAAUUAAUUUGAAUCGAUCGACUGAACACAAUGUCUUUGCUGAUAUAAACAUUCAAAUCGUCAAUCCAUCGUUAUUCAGUAUUGAUGUUGGUCGAUUAUACUUUUCUUUACAAUAUAAUAACUGGACUGUUGGCUAUGUCGAAUCAGCUAGUCAGAAUUUAACUAUUCAUGCUGGUGAAAAUUCGAUACAAUGUCUCGGUGAAUUGCAAUCGACUUCAACGGAGUCUUAUCAAGCUUUAUUAACUAUCAUACAGAAUUAUCUUACGGGUCAGGCUACUAAACUCGAAGCUUUGGCUGGUCCGAAUGUUACAUCGUAUCCGCUUCUUUCCAUUGGAAUGAUGGGUCUCUCAUUGAGUGUUCCAAUGCCACCAUUUAGUGAACAGUUGAUCGUUUCAUUGAAAUUUAAUUCCAUGUCAUUAACUCCUUCAACAAUUGAGAAACAAGUAAAAUUGUCUGCGUCGAUUAACAUUGGAAUCAACUCACCAUUGGGUGUGAACUCUCCUCUUAAUAUUCAAACAAUGGAUAUGAGUGUUUUUCUUUUUUAUGAAAAUAAAUCCGUAGGGAUGUUGAAUGUUACCAAGGUCCCUGUCAAACAAUUGAGUUCUGAAACCUUUACAACGAAAUUCACUGAUGAAUAUUUAAUUUUAACGGAUGCAGGAUUAACCUAUGAAAGAUUUACUCAACAGUUCAUUCAAGCGAACCAAAAAGUUCCCAUUUCUAUCCGUCUAGUUGGCGUCGCAUCAAUUGUCGGUUCGUUCGCACUCGGUCCUCUCAGUGUCGAAGGAAUUCUCGUUGAAAACGAUGCUACUCUAGUUGGAUUGGAUGGAUUCAAUGAUGUUCAAGUCGAUGGAAUAGCAGUUAACGGGGAAGAAGACAAUGCUCUUCGAAUUGGUAUCAAUGCAACAAUCGGCAAUCCAGGUGUGACGAGUGUUCAGUUACAAAACUUUACACUUCAGAUGGCUGACGGUAUCAAUGGAACUAUUCUUGGUCAUGUGCCAAUCGAUAUACUUGCCGUUCAACCAGGCAGCAAUAAAAUCGCUCUCAAUGGUUUUCUUGCACCAACAAAUAAAAGUGAUCUGCCGGUUGUUGGUCAAUUCUUUUCAGCUUAUCUCAAUGGUCAAACACAAUCCGUCCGAUUAUUUCACGGCCCGUCAAUAGAUCAGAAUGCCAGUGCUUUGGAUUUGACGAUCAGUAAUCUAUCAAUGAAAGCAGAUCUUCAGGGAAUUCGAACGAAGUUGAUUCGGCAAGUAAAUGUUCUCAAUUUCGGAAUCGAAUUUGAUGCAACAAAUGUGAAUCGAAUUUAUAUCACUGGCGAACUAUCAGUUCUCUUCGAGUUACCAUCGAACAUUCACAUGACUUUCAAAAUUCUAGCUACAAGUAUCAACUUUACCAUGCGCUUCAAAGACGGACCACCUUUAGGUCGAAUGAGUCUCUACGAUUUACCUGUUCAACAUAAUCAAACAACCAAUGAAAUCUUAGCGAAUUUCACUCGACAAGAGCUUGUCGUUUUAGACAAAGAUUCGUUCGAAGAAUUUGCAGCGAAUCUGGUUUUGACGAAUCAGGUUGUAGUGACGAUUGAAGGUUUAACAGCAGCAUUGACUUCUGUUCAAAUCGGAAAUCUAACAUUGGUAGAUAUUCCAAUAAAUGAUACACUCAGCCUUGUCGGAUACAGUCAAUUUGAUAAUGGACAUUUAAUAAUUGAUAAUAUUGAUAUAACAGGAUCGAUUUCAUCGCAAGCACUUGCACUUCAUAUUAAAACACAAAUUAUCAAUCCGUCCGUAGUAAAUAUCAUCAAUGGUGGUCGUUUAACACUCGAUCUAUGUGAUAUUAUGAAUUGUACAUCCUUCGGAACUGUAAAUAUCGAACAUUUCUUCUUACAACCUCAACAAAAUCCAACCUUUCUUGAUGCCGAAGGUAUUUUCCUAAUGACAGAACAAAAUGAAGUUGUUGCACGAGAAUUCAUCUCGAAUAUGGUGUCGGGGAUCGAUAGUCAAGUUGAACUACGUGGAACUUUACCCGACAAUACUACUGGAACAUCGAUUCCCUUACUAUCAUUAGCAAUCGCUGGUCUUCGUAUUCAUUCUCGUGUCCCUGGCCUAUCAGGAAAUCAAACGAUCAUUCGAGAAAUUCUUGUAAAAAAGCUCACUGCUGAACAAAUCAUCGGCAUUCCACUUGGUCUUGUUAAAUUCUUGAAUAUUCGUGUUCGGUUAAGCAAUCCUUUUAGUACGACGAUCACUAUGCAAGGGAUGCACAUUCGAGCUGAUUUUGGUGCUAUUGUUGAUAAAGAUCAUCAAGUCGGUCGAGUCGAGGAUAAUAACCCGAUUAUCAUCAAUCCUCAUCAAGAGCUAGUUACAGAUUAUAUUAAUGUAACAUUGUCAGCAAAAUUAGCGACGAUGGUUGCUUUGCUGGGACCCUUGUUAGCUGGAAAUGCUCGUCUUUCAUUAUCUGGUAUGAUUGAUGUGUUGAUUGGCGAGAAUUUUACUUUAACACAACUUCCACUGACAGUGCUCAAUGUACUAACAGAUCAAGAACAUGCAUAA